AUGAGCUCCAUGCAGAUGGGCACACAGAUGGUGAAGCUGCGUGGAGGCUCCAAGGGCCUGGUGCGUUUCUACUUCCUGGAUGAACACAAAUCGUGCAUCCGCUGGAGACCGUCACGCAAGAGCGAGAAGGCCAAGAUCUCCAUCGACUCUCUGCGGGAGGUGUGCGAGGGCCGCCAGUCCGAGAUCUUCCAGCGCUACUCUCUGGGGAGCUUCGACCCCAACUGCUGCUUCAGCCUGUACCAUGGGGAGCGUGUGGAGAGUCUGGACCUGGUCUGUAGCUGCGCCGAGGACGCUCGCACCUGGAUCACGGGCCUCAAGUACCUCAUGGCGGGCAUCAGCGACGAGGACAGCCUGGCCAAGAGGCAGCGCACACGCGACCAAUAUCCUCUGUGUCUGUGGACUGUGUCUGUGGACUGUUGUCUGUGGCUGAAGCAGACCUUCUCUGAGGCAGAUAAAAACGGAGACGGGAGCCUCAGCAUCAGUGAAGUCCUGACGCUGCUUCACAAACUCAACGUCAACCUCCCACGGCAGAGGGUCAAGCAGAUGUUCAAGGAGGCCGACACAGACGAGAACCAGGGCACUCUGGACUUUGAAGAGUUCUGCUCCUUCUAUAAGAGAAUGUCGACUCGCAGGGACCUGUACCUGUUGCUCCUCUCCUACAGCAGCCACAAGGACCACCUGGACACGGGGGACCUGGCCCGCUUCCUGGGGGCGCAGCAGAAGAUGACCAGAGUGACCAGGGACCACUGUUUGGAAAUCAUCCACAAGUUUGAGCCGUGUUCCCAGAACCAGGAGCAGGAAGUCCUGGGCAUCGACGGCUUCACUAACUACAUGCGGAGUCCAGCAGGAGACAUCUUUAACGCAGAGCACUACAGUGUGACCCAGGACAUGUCGCAGCCGCUCUGUAACUACUUCAUCGCCUCGUCCCACAACACGUACCUGAUGGGAGACCAGCUCAUGUCCCAGUCCCGGGUGGACAUGUACGCAUGGGUGCUGCAGGCGGGCUGCCGCUGCGUGGAAGUGGACUGCUGGGACGGUCAGGACGGCGAGCCCAUCGUCCAUCACGGAUACACUCUGACCUCCAAGAUCCUCUUCAAAGACGUCAUCGAGACCAUCAACAAGUACGCCUUCGUCAAGAACCAUUUCCCGGUGAUCCUGUCCAUAGAGAACCACUGCUCGGUGCCGCAGCAGAAGAAGAUGGCCCAGUACCUGGUGGAGGUUCUGGGCCAUAAACUGGACCUGUCCGGGGUCAGAGUGGACCAGCUCGGACUCCUGCCCUCUCCAGAGUCACUGCGCGGGAAGAUCCUGGUCAAGGGAAAGAAGCUUCCUCCAAACAUCGAUGACGACGCAGACGAAGGCGACGUGUCCGACGAGGACAGUGCAGACGAGAUGGAGGACGACUGCAAACUGCUGAACGGAGAUACUUCAGCGAACAGGAAGCAGGUGGAGAACUUGGCAAAGAAGAAGCUGGAACACCUGAUGAAGGAGUCCAAGAUCCGGGACCGAGAAGAUCCAGACAGCUUCACCAUCACCUCUCUGACCGACCACAGCAGGAGCAAAGCUGAAGACGGCACAGACACAGACGACACCAGCAGCAACAGACCCCGCUCCUUCAUGGGCAGCUUCUCCAAACGCAAGAAAAAGACUCGGAAACUGAAGGUGACGAGUUUGGACGACACCGACACAGACCAAGAGAGCAGCAGCAGCAGCACAUCCAGAGCUGCUCCACACAACAGGAAGAAGACCAUGAAGCUGUCCAGAGCCCUGUCUGACCUGGUGAAGUACACACGUUCUGUCGGACUGUGCGACAUCGACGCACAAGUGAAUUGCAGCUGGCAGGUGUCGUCUCUGAGUGAGACUAAAGCCCAUCAGGUGCUGCAGCAGAAGCCCAUGGACUUCCUGCUCUUUAACCAGAGGCAGCUCUCCAGGAUCUACCCCUCCUCCUACAGGAUCGACUCCUCCAACUUCAACCCCCAGCCCUUCUGGAACGCCGGCUGCCAGCUCGUUGCCCUGAACUACCAAUCAGAGGGACGCGUUCUUCAGCUCAACAGAGCAAAGUUCUACAGCAACGGCAACUGUGGCUACGUCCUCAAACCGCCCUGUAUGAGCCAAGGGGCCUUUAACCCGAACCUGGACGACCCUCGGCCUGGACAGAUGAAGAAGCAGCUGGUGCUGAAGGUGAUCAGUGGACAGCAGCUGCCCAAGCCCAAGGACUCCAUGAUGGGGGACAGAGGAGAGAUCAUCGAUCCCUUCGUGGAGGUGGAGAUUAUCGGCGUUCCCGUCGAUUGCUGCAAAGAACAGACCAGAGUUGUGGACGAUAACGGCUUUAAUCCCAUGUGGGAGGAGACUCUGGUGUUUGUGGUGCACGUGCCGGAGCUGGCCCUGGUACGCUUCCUGGUAUGGGACCACGACCCGAUCGGACAGGACUUCAUCGGCCAGCGCACCAUUGCCUUCAACAGCAUGCUACCAGGCUUCAGGCACGUGUACUUAGAAGGCAUGGAGGAGGCGUCCAUCUUUGUCCACGUGGCGGUGCAGGACAUCAGUGGUAAGGUAGGUGUCCCAGAGCUGCGGUGA